AUGACUUCAAUUUUAAUUAGACAAUGGUACCAUGUAUUUGUGCCAGCCAGUGGCAUGUUGCUUGGAUGGUAUCUGGAUCGAAAAGAAACUGAAAGGCUAGUUUUGUUUAGGGACAAAACUGCCCUGUAUGGAAGAGAGUUACAAGCAGGAGAAAAGCCAUCAUGGCCUUAA